GGUUACCAGACCGUUUGGUAACAACUAGUGCUGAAAGGAACUAGCUCGGCAGGAGCUCAGCUACUUUACCGCGAAUAACUUAAAACUGGGCUGAAAACAACCUUCAAACAUAAACCAAGACCUAACCCAAGAAACAACUGUGGGGACUCAUUUGUUUAUUUGUUUUAACAUUAAAACAACCAAAUCGGCACUUAAAUGAAUUCAACACGGCCAAAAUCCUCAAAAGGACGAAGCAGGCCCCCAGCGGACCAUACUGUGCGUGAUACCAGAGAGCACGUCCAGAGUGAGCACCACCUGGCCGUGGGGCACCAGUCCGACGGCUGCAUCAGGUCCAGGUGUGACUCUGUGACCGGGAUCACCACGCCGCAAGGCCAGGACUACACGGCAACACCGCUGCAAUCCGUCCCUGCUCGGCUAACGCUCUCCCUGAACAAAUACAAGGUGCUUCCAUCCAUAAAAAAACUGUCAGAUGUUAGCCACGCCCUUGUCCCAGAAAUGAAGACAUCCAAGAUUAAACUAUGUGAUCAUGUCAUCGCUCAGCAGCGAAGGCAUAGUCAUGGAGAACCAGGUUGUUAUGCCGAGAAGACCCCGGCGAAGACCCAGACUGCGACCCGGAGUAACCCUGAAAUAGGCCGGGUUGCCCCUGCCCCUAACAAGCCUCCUGACCCAGUCAUCAUGGAGUCCAGAGACGAGACUCCUGCCGUUGUUGCUACAGACCAGUUGCUUCUAGCUAUCAGAGCACCGUGUGGCAGGAGAUUUCAGCAACACUUUUCCUAUGCCGACACCCUGCAGACACUCAUCACUUGUGCAGAAGCCAGAAAUGAAACAAGCUACUCCGAAGCCUUCAUUGAAACUAUGGAUGUGCCUCGAAGGAGCUUCAGGAGAUUGGACAUGACUCUGUCAGAGUGCUGCAUCUUCAACAGAUCAGUGCUGUGCAUCUCUCAGAGACACUCGGAUAUUGCCACAAGCGUAGUUGAUAAUGGGUAAUUAAGAUCUCCCUGAAAGCUUUGUCUUUGUUUACUCACUCAUUUAACGUACAUUCACAUCGCACUAGACACAGCAAUAAUAACAACCUAUCUUUACCCUUUUCCCGCACAUCACAUCAUCAAUUUAGUAUGUCGUAUAGAGGCCCUGCAUUAUGGAAUGUAUUACCUCCCUUAUUAAAAUCCUUAUCAUCCUACUCACUCUUCAAAAAGCAGCUUAAAAAACAUCUUAUCUUUUCAUGAAUCAACUUAUUACUGAAUUUAGAUUAUUUUUGAUUUAUUUAUGUACUUUGUCUCCUUAUUUUCUAAAGUUUAUUUGUUAGCCUUAUAAAUAUUAUUUGUUUGUGAUUAUUGACAGGGGUGGAACUCUUGUACAAGCCCACUGGGCUUCGUUCCCUCCUUGCACCAUUAUUGUAAUGUGUGCUAAAUAAAUAAACUAAAACUAAAAUAAACUAAACUAUGUCACAUUCUAAAUGAAUGAGCCAUGUAUGGAAAAAUUUACCUGUGAUCCAAAAUUUGAAAGGCAAUUGAGAAAUGAUUUUUGCUCACACACUAGUCACAAGGCAAUACCAUAGUACACUGUCCAAAGAGCUGGCAAUGUGCCAGACAUGUCACUGUAUCUGAUCAAACUGACUUAAACUAUUAUACUCCCCAUUGCCGCUGGUGAAUACAAGAAAAAGUCCAUCUUCAAGACUUUUGAAUGGCAUUGAGCAGAUAUCUGCACUAACCUGAAUUAAAUACUAAAUCUUAAAACGCAUCUAAUCUUAUUGCUAUCUGCAUAUUCUUAAUGAAUCCAUAAUUGUUGAUUAACAAUAAGUGGUUUCCAUUAUUCGCUUGGAAGCAAACCCUUUAUUUGGCUUGUUAGUAGCAGCCCAAUCAAUAAUACACAACUUGGUGCAGAAAAUUAACCUGUAAUGGACGUUUGAAGUUCAAAAUAUUUUUUUUUAACUGUAUUUUCCCAAAAGCACAAAUGAUAUUGCCGUGUUUUGUUCAAUAAACCAUGUACAUUGCC